UGUYCGGCAACUAUCGAGAUUUGAAGCCAACAGAUGCAGUCCAAUCUAUGAGCAUAUUGGGGAGACCAUAUCAGGAUUGGAAGUCAUUCACACAUCAGAGAUGGAUGCUGCAUGCUUGGACAAGUACUAUAGGCUUCAAAAUUUGCAUACUAGAGCAUUUACUUUGAUGAUAUCUACUCGUCAAGGUAUUAGUCUAUAUGUCACGUUGCUUUUUAGCUUGUUUACUGCGGCAGUGGGCUCUGGGUGUUUACUACUAUCUUUGGAUACAGGUACAACUGGGCUGCUACUGUCGUACGCCAUGUCCAUCAAGGCGAAAAUUUCAGCGGGAUUACGCUUUGCCUCUCGGCUAGAAGCUGAACUGGUAUUCGUGGCAAGACUCAAAGCCUACACCCAACUACCCUCUGAACCAGGAUAUGAUAGACAAGCUGAAGUACCAGCCAGCUGGCCCAGUCAUGGUAAUCUGAGUCUUSCAGGAGUUUCUUUGACUUAUUUUGAUGGUGCAUCUUCUAUACUAAAGGACAUAGAGUUAGAAGUACAACCACGAGAGAAGGUCGGUAUUGCAGGCCGUACUGGAGCAGGAAARUCAUCCCUCGUGAAUGCCUUAUUUCGUAUGCCAGAUCCUCAAGGUCAARUGUUCAUUGAUGGUAUAGAUCUUGGUACUAUUAAUGUGCAAUACGCUCGUAGUUCCAUGGCUGUCAUUACUCAAUCACCUGUGUUGUUUCAAGGUAGCUUAAAGAYCAAUCUAGAUCCUUUUGACCAAUUCACUGACGACGAAAUYUGGACAGCAUUGAAAGAGGUACAGAUGCUGGAGCGCGUUAUGAAACUUGAUGGUCUACUUAACUACCACUUUGRAGAGGAAGGCUCGGGUUUCAGUGUUGGUGAGCGGCAACUGUUGUGUCUUGCUCGUGCACUGCUCCAACGACGAAAGAUCCUUGUACUGGACGAAGCAACAGCCAACGUUGACUACAGAACAGAUCAACUUAUUCAGGAAGUCAUCAGAGACAGGUUUUCCGACUGUACUGUGUUGACUAUAGCACAUCGACUCAACACCAUCAUCGACUACGACAGGGUGGUGGUUCUUGAUGGAGGUCGCAUUGUUGAAGAUGGCAGUCCACGGCUUCUGGCUUCCAAGAGUGACGGGAUUUUUGCCAGACUUCUACGAGAUAAUGAAAUACGCCAGACAACCAAAGAUAAUAAGGGCAAAGAAUAUAAGCCAGUUUCUCUUCAGACGUAUCGCAACGGCCUGCGAAGGUUUUUCCUUGAACGGCCAUGUCCUCCUUUCCCCGACAACUUCGACAUCGAUAAAGAACCAGAUGUAGAGUUUGAAGAGGUCGCAACAAUGCUGUCAAUGAAGAAAAAAGAUCUCAAGAAGAAAGGCUUAGGGACAAAACCAAAUGCUGCCAGGUCGUUAGAAGACAAUGAAGUCGAGAAAAUGAGGUCUUCAGAGUACUUCAUAGAGUACAAAGAGCGCCAAACCAAGAACCGCCAAGGAAACGAGAAUAGCAGGAAAAGAACAAGAAAGUACAACAAUAAAAUCUGGAGGACCAAUGGCGGCGAACGCGAUCCAUACCGUGCUUUUGUUGAGUACUUGGAGCAUCGACCAAAAGGUGAACAAGCCCCAAAAAAUCUGUUCUUAAGUCCAAUUGACAAGCCAACAUCUAAAGUGUGGUAUAAAAUGUCACCGGUUGGAAUAAACACCUUGUCUAAGAUGAUGAAGAAGAUUGCCGACAUAGCUUCCCUAGAAGGCAAAUGUACGAAUUCGUGUGGCCGUAAAACAGCAAUCCAAGCCUUGCGAGAAGAUUUCGGCCCGCUUGAAAUUUCAGAAUUGACUGGCCAUGCUAAUCCAGAAUCGAUAUCGAGUUACAGCCAUAACCCAUUGGAAAAACAACGCAAAAUGUCCCACAAGCUGGCUGGAUUUUCUCCUUGCAGUCAAAGUAGUAGUACGGUCAGUACGUCAGUAGUUGAAAGUUCAAGAUCACCAGCAAGAAAUACUUUGAAUGAAAUAUCUGCCAAUGUAGAAGGUCAGCAGGCGAACCAAACAAGUAAAGCUGCCGAAGCCCCUUAUAAUGGUCUUGGGUUGAGUGGAGCCGUAAGUGGACUGUUUACCGGAGUCACAUUUAACAACUCACCCGUAAAUAUUUCCAUCAAUCUACAGGCUGGUGUCCAUCGCUAG